AUGGUCCCAGGCGUGUGGGUCCGGGUUUCUUUCUGGGGGGUAUACGGUCUCCUUCUGUUUGCUCGGCGCACUAUAGCCUUCCCCAAUGGAGCUGGAGGCUGUCCUGGUGGAGUUGCCGCUGUAGGAGGCAACCACCGAAGUUCAGCCGUGGCGAUAACCACUGGUAGCUUGGAGGAAAACAAUCUACAAUUGGAGAUUAAUGGUCAGAUUCUUCAGCCUCGAGAGUUACUAUCCCUGAAAACUGGAGUUGAGCAUUCUUGGAGGUUGUCAUCGACUGCUGCAGAAGGAGAUGGCUUUCGAGGCUUCCUGAUACGGCUAGGUGGCGGCCCCAGCGAAGUGGAUACUACGGUAGCAUUAUCUUCUGCCAGCAUUGAUGUCCAGGAAGCAUUUGCAGCUUGUGUGUUGGCUCAGGGAGUGGGUGGGGUUACCCACAACGAAAACGCACUGAAACGAAGUGUCACCGGUAUAUUGCGGUUGGAUGAAGUCGCUAGCAAUCUGCCACUCGAUACUACUGUCGUCAUUGAAAACAGAAAUGGUCUAUCUGUCUACUAUUAUUCGGCAUAUGCAUUGGACUUUCGAGAGGAACCAGUUGUCGGACCAUUGACAGCUGCUCCCACCAGGGCUACUCCACAACCAACAAGCUCGCCUAGUCCAAUGCCAUCGACCACCAUGCCGACUCAGGUUCCAUCCACGACCUUCCCCACCGUAGCUACCCCAAUGCCAACUUCCAUUUCAGUUACCCCCGUACCAACGUUCACUCCAGCUACCCCUGUACCGACACAAACGCCUACCCAAACACAAACCAUUAGUCCCAGUGAUAUUCCUUCAGUUGGUCCUUCAGUUGGUCCUUCUACCCAACCAAGCCAACAACCAACAAAUUUGAGGACAGGAGGACCAUCGUCAGGACCAACUCUGUUCCCAACGAUCUUCUCCACUUUGGCACCAACAUUCUACCCAGUUACGCCCUCUCCUUCCUUGGAGCCGACACUGCGCCCUUCGUUGCGCCCUUCGGCCUCCAACUCUUUCGACGACUUGGCAUCAGCCGAUGAAAUGGAGCCCUUCUUGACGGACGUAGAAGGGGGUUGCAGUGCAGCUUCGCCUUGUAUGCAAUGCCAUGGGGAUUGUGACAAGGAUGAGGACUGCGAGGGGUCUUUGAAGUGUUACCGGCGACCAGGGGAUCAUUCGUCUCCGGUACCAGGCUGCGCCACUAGUGGAACACCAGGGACAGAUUACUGCUACGAGCCCUCGACGUAUGUCCUAAGACUUCGAACGCCAAGGUGUUCGCUCGAGAGGCCGUGUGAAGUUUGUGAAGGGGAUUGCGAUGGGGAUAGGGACUGUCGAGGCAGUCUCAAAUGCUUUCGCCGGGCUUAUCUGGACGUGCGUCCAGUGCCUGGUUGCGAUAAUCUGGGGAUUGAGGCCCUUCCAUUUCAAACCAAACAAUCCUGGUCAGGGUUGGAUUAUUGUUACGACGAGAAGAAGGCAAUUGGAAUUACUAACAUCCUGGAGCCUUGCCUCAGCGAUGAAGAUUGCAAGCGAGUGACCUGCCAACAAGAGCCUUGUUUGAAACAUGUCUGUCGCAACUUGCAAUGCAUAUUUAUAGAGCCAUGCGGAGACGCGGAAUGCGGCACGGAAGAAUACUGUUGCAACCCUACAUGUUCGAUCUGCGCUACAAAGGGAACAACCUGCAAUCAAAACACAUGUGAAAAAUGUGGCGAUGAAACCUGUAAUCCAGGUGACAUUUGCUGUGGGGAAAACUGUGGAAUUUGUUCGCCUCCGGGUGGAAGCUGUCCACAAGUUUGUAGCUCGUUGGACGCGGAAGAGGAGAAUGAACCCGAGGAGAAUGAACCCGAGGAGAGUGAACCCGAGGAGAAUGAACCCGAGGAGAGUGAACCCGGCCGCCCCAUCAAUGAUCUCCUCUAUUGUGAGAGUGAAGAUGACUGCGUCACGCCUGCUUGUUCAGAAGAGCCAUGCCUGAGAAACAUUUGCCGUGAUUUCCAAUGCACACUAGUAAAGGAGUGUGGGUCUAACUUUUGCAGUAUCAGCGAAUUCUGCUGCGACGAGGCAAGUGGUGUCUGUUCGGAAAGGCAAAUGUGCAAUGGGUAUUGGGUCGUACCCGAACCACCCGCAACAUUUGACGAGGACACGAACGAGACCGAUGAGGCCGGCGGUGACGGCACCAAUGACACAGAUGAGGUCAAUGCGGACCAGGAUACUGAGGAGCCAGAGAACCCAGAAUGUCGAACGACAAUAGAUUGCCCUGUCUUUCUGUGCACAACAGACCCUUGCCCUCGAACUGAAGUGGAGUGCCGUGACUUCAAGUGCGUGACCUUCAUCCCAUGUGGUCCCAGCGAAUGUGCGGGCGACGAAGUCUGUUGCUGUGAGACUUGCUUGCCGCCGGGCACUGCAUGCGACAACGACGAUUGUGUAGAAUGUGGGGCUGGUCUUUGUUUACCAGACCAAGUAUGCUGCAAUCCCAGCUGUUCAAUUUGCACGGCACGAGGUGGCUUUUGCAGCGCCGUUCUUUGUUCUUCCGAUGCUGACGAAGGCUGA